UAUGCAUUACCGGCAGUACUCCCAUUUUCACCAAACCCCGAGUUUGUGCCCUCCGCUCUCUCUCUCUCUCUCUCUCUCUCUCUCUCUCCAAAACCCACUUCCCACACUGUCCUGCCCCAUCAUCCCCUAACCCAAAAAAAACACAAACAAUUACUAAAAAUUACCAACCUUGCUAACCUGCGCCCAGGUCGCGCAAGAAGACACCCAGUAGUACCAACCGGAUGGGCAGUCUCCGUCUCCUCCUCCUCCUGCUCCUAACCUUCUCGGGCCUACUCCCCCAAUCCGCCCCGGAUCCGGACGACGAGUCCUGCCUGACCCAGCUCGCCUCCUCCCUCCUCGACCCGAACCACAACCUCAACAACUGGACCCGAACCACCUUCCAGAACCCCUGCUCCGGCUUCACCUCCUACCUCCAGGGCGCCACCUGCAACAACGGCCGCGUCUACAAGCUCUCCCUCGCCAACCUCUCCCUCAGGGGCACCCUCUCCCCCUACCUCUCCAACUGCACCAACCUCCAGUCCCUCGACCUCUCCUCCAACUCCCUCACCGGCCCCAUCCCCGUCGACCUCCAGUCCCUCGUCAACCUCGCCGUCCUCAACCUCUCCUCCAACCGCCUCUCCGGCCCCAUCCCCCCCCAGCUCGCCUUCUGCGCCUACCUCAACGUCAUCGAUCUCCACGACAACCUCCUCACCGGCCAGAUCCCCCAGCAGCUGGGGCUGCUCGUGCGGCUGUCGGCGUUCGACGUGAAGAACAACAAGCUGUCCGGGCCGAUACCGGCGUCGCUGGGGAACAGGAGCGGGAAUCUGGUCAGGUUCAACGCGACGUCGUUCGAGGGGAACAGGGAUCUGUACGGGUACCCGUUGGGGGACGGGAAGGGGAAGGGGCUCUCCAUUCUGGCGAUCGUGGGGAUCGGGCUGGGGAGCGGGUUGGUGAGCCUCGUUCUGAGUUUCAGCGCGGUUUGUGUCUGGUUGAGAGUCUCGGAGCGGAAGCUGGCGAGCGAUGAGGGGAAGAUUACGCAGCUCAUGCCUGAUUAUUGAGGGAAUUUUUUUCCAAGGUAUUUUGUGUAGUUUUUAUUCUUCUGGGUAUAGUUUGAUGAUAUAUAAAUGGGUUUUGAUUUUGAAUUUUUCUCUUUCUGAAUUAGUUUUUGGUUGUCUUUUCCAAAUUUUUACUGAUCUCCAAAAUGGUAAGGUUUCUUUGCGGAACAAUCAUUUUGGGUUUUUAUUUUUCUCUGCGCGUUCCUUGACGAUUUUUUGUUGGCCCAACUGCAAUUGACGGAUGUAUAAAGCAUUAAACCAAUUCGAAUAUGAGAUUGAUUAGCGAAACAACUGAUUCGAAUGAGAUUGAGCGAUUUUGCAA